AUGGAUGCGAAUAUCAGCAGUGGCAUCAGUAGUUGGAUCGACGGUAGUAGUAGCCUGAGUGAUGAUGCUCGUGUAAAAAGAAUUGAAGAAGAAAAAAAAAAAUUAAAUGGAAAUAAUUUAAACUUGUUAUUGGCAGAUUUGAAAAUGAUGACAGCAUAUGAAAUGUCAUCUGAAUGGAAAGACACAAAUAUGAUGAAUGAAUGCUUUAAUAACAUUUCUUGGUUCGACUCGAGAAUACUAAAAAAUAUACAAAAUUAUCUUAAAGCUGAUGAAGUAGAAAGAUCCAAAAUUGAUUAUGCCUACAACACAUUAUUCCCCAAACCAGUGGAUGUAAGAGACACCAAGUUAAAUAUGAUGUCCCUAUGGAUUAAAUCACGAAUCCAUUACAACAGCACCUUUUUUCCAUUACAACUGUCCCCAUAUGAUACAUGA